GGGAGGGCGCGGGGGCGGGGUCGCACAGUACCCGGAUUGAGGCAACAUGGCGAUCUCCUGGAAUAAAAAUUGAUGUGCCUAGAAGUAGAUUUGAAAGGUGGUUGUUCUUCAGAACAUCUUUCAUCAUAUCGUCUGAUCAUCUUAAAACACCAUGGCAUCGAUAGCAUUCAAAUGGGUGAUAUCAAAGAGAAUUCUCUGGAAGCAUUUAUUUCCAGUUCAAAACAGUGCUUUAUCUGGUGUUUGUCAUAAAUCCACAUUUUCUUCUCUUCCAGAUGACUAUAAUUGCAAAGUAGAGCUUGCUUUGACAUCUGAUGGCAGGACAAUAGUAUGCUACCAUCCUUCUGUGGAUAUCCCAUAUGAACAUACACAACCUAUUCCUCAACCAGAUCCUUUGCACAGUAAUGAAGAAACACAUGAUCAAGUGCUAAAAACCAGAUUAGAAGAAAAAGAUGAACACCUUGAGGAAGGACCCAUGAUAGAAAAACUUAGCAAAAUGUUCUUUACUACUAAGCAUCGUUGGUAUCCUCAUGGACAUUUUCAGUGGACACAACAUCUUUGUUUGUAUGUGGUGCUGAGGAUCGAACCCGGGCCGCACACAUGCCAGGCGAGCGUGCUGCCGCUUGAGCCACAUCCCCAGCCCUCACAUUCUUGAUAUGAUUAAUUUUGUUGAUCUUUUCCAAGAAUCAUCUUUUUGGUUUUAUCAAGUCUACUGUUUUUCUAUUUUCUAUUUUAUUGUUUUUUUGCUCUUUGUUAUAUCCUUUUUAAACUUUCUUUUGGUUUAAGUAAGUUGUGAUCAAAAUAUCUGGAAAUAAAUUUGUUCAUGCUGGUUAUUAUGCUCUAGGUAUUUUCUGCAACUUACUUUUUCAUGUUAGCAUGCAGAGGCGUAUUUUAUUCUUUUCAACUUAGUUCUUUUAUACAUUUUCAAAAAAUCAUUAUCACCCAGCACUGCAAAAAAAAAAAAAAAAUCAAUAUCAGAAAAAUCAGGAAGUUUUCUAUAUGAAACUUUAAGAUAAACAAAACAUGCUUAGGUAUUGUGAUCACAAACAAAACUAAAGAGCAUGAGAUACAUAUCUUAUCAUUUGUGGAAUAAAAAUUUUUAAAUGGAAUUUCCACAUUAGCAAAAAAGCAAAGAAAAUUAACUCCUGACCACCUUGCCAAAAAUCUUACUAUACGGGAAGUUUUGAAGAGAACUAAUCAAUCACAUUUGUACUCUGUAUUUUCUUUUUUAAAAUUUACUUUGUUAUAGAUGGACACAAUACCUUUGUUUUAUUCAUUGAUUUUUAUGUGGUGCUGAGAACUGAACCUAGUGCCUCACACAUGCUAAUAGGCAAGUACUCUACCACUGAGCCACAACCCUAGCCUGUACUCUGUAUUUUCUUAACUCAGUAAAGAAAAUAAAGAAAUAUGAAGAAACAAAAAGAAAAAUUCUCCACAGUGAAAUCACUCAAAAAUAAUCACUGUUAACAGUGCAUUUUUUUUUUUCUCUAGAUCUAUUCAUAAGCUUGGUUAGUUGCUUAUUUUUACAUGGUUGUAAUCAUAUGUGAAUUUGCAUCAUAUAUCCCUGUCUUAAUAUUUUAAUUAUUUUUCUGUAUUACUUUAGGAUAGAUUUCCAGAAUAGUGGGUUGAGCCUCCUUAAUCCGAAAUCCAAAAUGCUCCAAAGUCUGAAACUUUUCAAGCACUAAUGUGGAAAAUUUCACAUCAUAUGUUAAGGAUUGUAGUAAAAAUGCAGGCACAUUAACAAUAUUAUACAAAAUUAUCUUCAGGAUAUAUGUGUAAGCUGUAUAAGAAACCAACAAAUUUUUUUGUUUAGACUUGGGUCCUAUCCCCAAGAUAUUACGUAUAUGCAGCUAUUCUAAAAUCAAACUAUUACAAAAAAGAAAAAUUCCAAAAUUUGAAAUAUUUCUGUUCUCACGUAUUUGAGAUAAGAGAUGUUCAACCUGUACUAAAUGAAGGUUGUGAAUAUUACCAUUCUGCUUUUCAAAAGUAUUGCACCAAUUAAUACUUGAAUCAGCCAAGGCUGAUUUCACCACACUCAUGCUUGGAUUAGACAUUAUAAUUUUUAACAUAUUUGUGAUCAGAAACAAAAGUAAACUGUUCCUGAUGAUAUUAAAAUAUAAUUUUGUAGAUCAAGUGGCUUCUGUUCAGUUUUUAAAAUAAAACUGUAAUAGAACAUG